CUCAUUGGAGGUUAUAAUCUAGACUCGCUCCUUACUUAGUUGUAAGUCCUAGUGAUUUUCGAGUGAGCUGUAGCCCUGAGUGAGCUUCGAAGGACCCGAGGAGAAUCAAUCAUCGGUCUCGGAUCAUCGACUUCUUGUACAGCAGCGAAAUUCUGCUUCAAGAUGUCAACUAUCGCUGGAGGUCCCCAAGACUCGAGGCACCGCCCAGAGAAAAUGAAGGAACUUGGCGAUCUUUGCGAAAUGACUUGGAAAGAAGCGAGAAGUUCGGCUAAUCCUUGGUACGAGGAGUUCUCCGGAGAAGCAGUUGAAGGAGGAGAGCUCAUCGAAAUGUUUCUGGACGAAGUUUCCGAGAAGCCGCUCCAGAGACCUGGGUAUCUUGAAGACCUGAAGAGGGAUGUCGAGGAUUUCUUAGAAGUUCUCGGGUCGUUUCCCGCGGACGGAGACUCUGAAAAGAGAGAAAAACUUCUCGUAGGCCUUCGCGCCAACCUGAAAGAAAUUCUCGAAAGGGUGAACAUGAUUCUUGAAGAUUGCGAACUCCCCCCUCCGGAUUCGGGACUAAGGGGGUCCCUCAAGGAGUUAAUGUAUGCUGGCAGGCCCGCGGUCGAUGCUGACCCGGUCUCAGUAUCUUCAUGGGAAUUCAAGGUCAUCCUCCGAAUGAAUCGGUGCCUUGAAGUCUGGUCUAUGCACUGGAAGACGCUCGCUGGAGAGGCCUAGGUGGGAAGCUCCACAGAGGAACAAGCCCGUAGCUGACUUGAUCCAGGAUCGGGAGGCUCCGCACAGAAUGAUCCGCGUCGCCUCGGCAAGACACAAUAGACAGUGUAGAUUGGACGCCAACCGAAAAUAGUCUUCUUCAGCACCUUGGAAGGAGAUCCUCUCAUCUUCGCCGCCUCCCCCCUCCGCGUAAUGGCUGGAGCAUCGGCUAUGUGAAACCUUGUGUUUCGAACGCGAUGCAGUCUGGGAACUUGCUGACAGACGUGGCAUUUCCAGAACUCGCGCCUGACGCCUCUUCCCGGCUCUUCACCAUCCGGACCCCGACCUGACUCUCCUCCCACAAACUUUCGACACUCCUCCGGUCUUGCUCUCAUUCGCUUUCGUCGCAAGGCCAUAGCCAAGUUCUGCUUCGGCGGCUCCGUUCCUGGUAUUAUCACUAUCACGCUUCGAUCUUCCUGGAUGAGCGUCUUAGGCAGCGCUGGAUGUAAGGAAGAGUCACAGCGAUGAAAUGGACGUCAAUCAUUGGGGAUUAGGGGUUUCAAUUUCCAUGGAGGGCGUCGCCAUGCCUCAGUUGAUACAAAUCUUUAUCCGGGAAGACCCUGCUGUCCUUAUCCUGAAAAUAAGUUUGUAUGACAGGGAAUGUAAGAAUCCGCGUGGCUCCGGGGAGCUCUAUUCUCCAGAAAGAUGUCUCUCUCUCUCUCUCUC